AUGAGUGUUUCCGUUUCUAGUGUGGAAGACUACGACUUGUCACUUGUUUCUCGGGAAGGCUUGAGGUUUCCGUUUGAGCCUGAGGCACUCGAAAAGGAGAAAGUUGAGGAUUCCUCUGAAAGGCGUUCUGAAGCCGUCGAUGGUCGAGAUGGCCCGGCUGGGCGUCGUCGAGAAGAACGUCUUCCGCAAGAAUAUCCUAUUACCUUUUUCUUCUAAUACGGUUCGAACUCUUUUCGUGGAAUUUUGAAUUCUUUUUCGGGUAUCUUUCAUCCAAAAUAGUUCAAUAUCAGGAUAGACGUUUGUUUUUGAACUUAAAGGCAUAGGGGCAGUAAAAAACGGUGUUUCAGUUCAAAGCAGUACUUUGUAGAGCUUUUCAUUGCGAAUCGAACGGUAAACUUGAAAACGUACCGAAUUUCUUAAUUUCGGAGAAAAAAUAAUUCAAAGUCGGAGAAAGGAAAUCUUGAGUUCCCGCGAAAAGGGCGCUUUGCGGUAAAGUUGCUCUAUGGACAACAGGCUUCGCCAUCUUCCGGAUUUUCGCUUUUUUCUUCGUUUCUUUCAAAUUUCAAUUUUUUCUGUUAACACCAAAGUUCUUUUCGUCACAAAAACUUUCUAUUCAUGUAUAAUUUGCAAACUUUGAUCGCAAAAAUGCUUCUUUGGUGAAAAAUGAUGAUUUUACACAGGUUUCGAUUGGGAUAGCGAUAUUUUAUGUUUUCUUUAUUAUCAAUGUGUGUUUUUUGUUUGAUUAAAUGUUUUUUCAGAGAAGAAACCUUCAAUUUGAAGCAGAUAUCCGGUUAUUUCUCACAAAAUGCGAGUCUAAUGAGACGUCCGCAACAUCGCGUGCACGGCUACUGUAAACAGUUGUCUGCAUACCGAUCCAAAGCUUUUUUCAAAAAUAAAAGCGGGAAAGUAAAAUCGCGUUUUUCUUCUAAAGUUGUCACAUCUUUAAUUUUUUUGAGUACACCAUUCGAUUCGCAAAGAAAAACUAUAUAAGAUACUGCUUUCCCCUGAAACCCCAUUUUUUACUGCCCCUAUGCCUUUAAGCGCUCAUUUAUAACAGACUCGUUUCAACACUUAUGUCGUAGUUUUGUAUUCGGACGCUGACGAAAAUCGAAAAAGGGUCCUGACACGAUAAGAAAAGAGACAGACAGCGCCAACCUUUUUGCGUCUCGAGCUAGCUGUGAAUCACUUAUUAGAUGGACUAUUAAGUAGUUUCAUUUUUUUCUUGUUGAGCUUAAAACGGCAAAGGAUUCAUUUUUAUAAGAAAAAAAACUUUGCAAAAAAAGUGUCGCUUUAUAAAUUCCGUUUUAAAAAUCACCAAGCUCAAGUUCGAAAGACCAAGUGUCUCAUUUAAAUGGUUUUAUAUUCCGAAAUGUUCAGUUGAAAUGGCUCUGCGAGCUGGAAGACAGAGAGCCCGAGCUGAACGGUCGCGAAUGGCUGCGACUUGAAUCGCAACUCGAAGAGACUUGCCAGUUCGCCGAGCAGAGUCCCCAUGUGCGGCGACUCCGCGAGCAGGCCCUCGGCAAGAUGCUCGGCCAGCUCAGCGGCUCCAACUGCUUCCUCAUGCUCCUCAAGUGUAGUCAGCACGGCUCCAAUCAGGUUUCCACACCAUCUGAGAGUUUCAAUCAGUUAUAGCAGUUGGAAAGGUUUUUUCAAUUUAACUGAAGUUGUCGGAAAAUUAAAAUCUUUAUUUUUUCUGGAAAGUUUUUCUUAGUUUGAAUCAGGUGAAAAAUACGAUUUUUGCUUCGAUUUUUCAAAGCACCAUCUUCUCCGCUUUCCAUGAAAUACUGUAGUUUCCAGCACUUGAAUACUGUUAAACGUUUCCUACUGUACAACAUGGCGCGUCUGGUGUUGAAAGACGGAGUUUGCACCAAUUUCUAUCGUUUGACGAGCGGUUUGCUCUAUGAACUGCUCGCCGAUGAUCGACUCAACGUCGAGUCUGAAGAUCAAGUGGCUGAGAUGAUCCAACGAUGGGCAGGUCUCUGAAUCACGCUGAUAGAUUCAGCAUCAGUUCGAGCGAAAUAUCGGACUUUUUUUCCGAUAUUUCUCUUAUCAGUUAAUUUCCAUAAAGUGACUUGAAACAGUUAGCUAACCGAUACAAAGAAAAAAUAAAAUUUCACGAAACUUACUCAAAUGAAGUAAUCUGCGUUUGAAAGCAGUAUUUUAGAUUAUUUCAAAAUUCAAUAUAAAUUUUUGAGAAAGUAAUAUCUCAAAAUUGAUGUUCUUCUUCCAAUUUUCUAGUAGAAAUUUCUUGUUUUUCUUUUGAUUUUUCACUAAAGCGCAUCAAUCACACUUUUAUCAAAGUUGUAUUCAACAAUUUUUUCUCAUUUUACUAAUAUGUGCUGAACUUUUUGGUUUCAAGACGUUGAAUCGAAGGAACGUCAAAAAUACCUGACUCAUCUGAUGAGAAGCGUCAGAUCCGUCGCUCUUUCCUCACAGGUUCUCCAAAAAAGCCUUUUUUCUUCACAAUCGUGCUUAUUUUCAAGCUGCGAGCUCAUUUAUCGCCAAACUGGAAGAUGGACAGCAAAAGUCAGAGGAAAGCUCGCGAUGUGGUAGGAACUAUUCUCGAUUCCGGUAAUGAACACGUUUUUUGAGGUUUUGGCGAUCGGCGGAUGGUUCGAUGGAACUGCUUUGGACCUGAUCGAGUGGUACAAUCCUGUAUGGAUUCUUUCAUUCGUUCCAUAACAGAAGGAAAAGGGAGAAAAUCUGAAAAUAAUGGUCUCAAAUGUUAGGACUGAUAAAUGAAGACAAUCUGGGUUUAUCUGGAUUUUCUCAAAUUAGUCUCUGAUAUCUUGUUAAAUGUUUUGAAGUACCGAAUAUGAGAGCGUUGGUUUUCGAAAUUUUCAAAGGAAAUUAACUCUAUGAAAAACAUCGUUCUCCUUUAACUCUUGAAGCUCCGCCGCAAAAAUUAAACGUUGAGUAGAAUUCACCGGAAAAUAAUAUGGGUUUAUUAUUCAGGCUCCCUCGCAUGUGUUGAAAAAGCUUGCAGCCUUGAAACUUUUAUUUCUCGAUUUUCAAAUCUCUUUUCAAUUUUUUUUUCUCACAAAGUGUUCCAGAUGAAUUCGAUGUUUUAUUGGAAAAGGCUCAUGAAGAAUGAUAACUUUCUUAAGGAAGAAAACACUUGGAGACGGCUGAAGCUUCCCUUGCCCUACAGUGCUGCAUAUCACGGCAGCGUCUUUUUGGACGGGGUGAAUGUUUUUCUAACAUCGAAAUGUUUUUUUUUUUGGAAAUUUCACAGACUAAAGAAAACAUUGAAAAAAAAUUCGUUUUGAAUUAUUAAGGAACUGUAUCUGAUUGGCGGUACAGAUGGGCAUCAUUUUCGGAGUACGGUCAAGAAAUUGACUCGAAAGUUGGAAUGGGUCGACAUGGAACCAACGCUCGAAGCCAGGUUCCGAGAUUCGUUUGAAAAAAAAAACAAACAUUUGCAAUUCCAGAACUUAUAUAACGAACAUGUGCGUGGUGUACAACGACAAGAUUUACGUUUUUGGAGGCCAGGACGGUCGUCUGGUCACCGCUGAAAAUCGUCAAAUCCGAGUGAAUCCUUGAGUUUUUCGUCUUGAAAGAAGGGAAGAGAGUACUCAGAACACGGCACGACUUCAAUGUGGCGAAGUUUUCGAUCCGAAGCUGAACAAAUGGAAAAGGACUGCGUGAGUUUCUCAUCGAGAAUUGAAGAAACUUACUGAGAAAGCGGUCAAAUUUUUGAACGUUAUUGGAACAAAAUAUGACCAUUUCAAACAUGUUCCCCAUAUGAAAAAAAUAUCAGAAAAUUGGCUAUAUUUCAUUUUUAGCUGGUUUGAGUUAAAAUUAAUUAAGGGUCUUGGCACGUCCAGCGGAAUAGUGUGUAAAAAGAAGAGGCUUAGACGUCUCUACAUUUUUUCUCAAGAAAUCGGUAAAUAGGGAUCACAGGAGCCUGUAUCGAUUGAAAAAUCUUCGUGUUUCUCAAAAGAAGAGCUCGAUGACCAUUCUUCAUCAUCAUUCUUGUAACUCUUUUUCUGAUUUCCACUUUUUGUUUUGAGUUUUUGAUUUGAUGAAUGACUUCGAAAUCCUUGAAACUACAUUAUAAGUAUAAAAGCCCUCAAAUAAGCGUUUCGAAUUUUCAAUUUUUCAUCACGUACUCUGGAGAAGCUAGAAAAAAUGUUACCGAGCUGUUAUUUUCUGAAUCAAAGGCGAUUGUAUCCUCUUCUCAACGAAUUUAACGGCACUGUGUCAUUUGAAAGUUGGGCACCAUUUUGGGAAUUUUUUUUUUCUCCAUCGUCGUUCCUUACAACAAAAGGUUCCAGCCGCAUGACGCACAUGAGGUCGGACGGCGCGGCGGCGGUGGCAGGCUCGAAAAUCUACGUGAGCGGCGGUUUCAACGGCACGGCGAUCCUCGAUUCCGUCGAGAUGUACGACCCUCAACACGACGUCUUCUCCCUCAUCGACGCCCUUCCUCAGCCGAUUUCGGGUCUCUCUCAAUUCAAAAGAAGGAGCCAGCGGCUUUUUCAGGUCAUUCGAUGGUGUUCAAUGGACAAUCUCUGCUGGUUAUUGGCGGAUUCGACGGCCGUGACCGUCUCAGUACCGUCUACGAGAGGAACGAACGCGAUUCUUGGCACCUAUUCACUUCGAUGGUUUAUCCUAGGUUUGACUGUAACUAUUGGCUUGAUAGCCCUUCCUUGAAGUUCUGGAAAAAAUUGUUUCUGGUUUUCAAAAAGUUUGGUCUGGUAAUUCUCGAACUGCAGGACUUUGGUAACCACGAUGAUAGUUUAUUCGAAUGAUGGACUGGAAAAAAAAAAAUGAAAAAAUAAACAAUUUUAUCGGACUGCGCUCUCUCUUCUCUCACCGUUAUGUCCGAAAAAGGUAAAGAACAGGAAAAGAAGAGAGCGCAGUCAGGUCAGAUUUUUCAGUACGUGGUGAAUGAGGCUUUUUUUCGUUUAGAGUAAAUGUAAACUUUCGCAAUAAGAAGUAAAUUAAACUGAUUUCUCCAUCCUUUCCAGAUCCACAUUUUCUGCCUGUUUCUACCGAAAUAAGGUCGUAGUCGCCGGUGGCUUCUGUCAGACGACCGUGGCGACCGCUGAAUCGUGAGGGAACACAUUUAUAGCACUACUGAACCUGUACUUGAAGACUAUCGGAAAACCGAAACGCCUCGCCGAUAGCCGAGCUGACAAAGCCUCGAAGUGCGGCGCGGCUCCUGGUCGCCACGGAUUUUCGCGACGAAGUCGAACAAAUUGGAAAUCAGCCCGAAUACAGACGACGCGGCUGACUUCUCCAUUACUCAUGAUAAAGUUAUAUUUUUUCUUGCUAAGAGUUUCUAUCGGAAAAAAUGAGAAAAUUGAAGGUCUUUUGAAGGCUUUCCCAAAAGGCGGGGCUCAUUAGAAAUCUCCUGAAAAGUGAAAUAGCCAUUCUCCGCCUCAUUCCGAGGCUGUUAGAUCUUUUUGCCGACCCUCUUUUUUGAAGCUUCAUUAAAUUAUUUUCCACAUUAUUCAUUCUCCGUGAAAUAAAAAGGGGUUUUUGAUAGAACUCUUGAACCAAAAUAGGUGGUGGGCUCUUUUUUUGACUUCUACUGGACUUUGCCUGAAAAAGCGGAUAAUUUUAGUAUAAAGAGAAACUACAAAUCCAUAGAACAAGAACAUCAGACUUCAAGUUCAAUUUGACUUUUGUUUGUACAAAUUUGUAGUUUGCUCCAAAAAUCUAAUUUUGAAUCUUUUCGAUUUUUUCAAAGAGGCCACAGAUUGACUCAAACAUUUUCUUCAAUUUAUUUGAAGGGAUCAAACGUUUUUCUGAUCAUCGGACGGCUCUGAAUAUUACUAUUUUCAAACAUUUUUUCAGCGUUUCAUCGAACUCGCAUACGAUUUAUGACAUAGGCGUACCUGUAACUUUUCACCUGAAUCGGUGACGUGUUCCUUUUUUUUCUUCACGAUCAUUUUUUCUGUUUUCGAGAUCCGUGUUUUCAUCUGAUUCGUACAUAACUACUGAUUGAUACCUUUCGUGAUAGUAAUUCACAGGUACAACUAGGCGCAGUCUUCAAUUAUCCCAUAAACUUAUCUCAGACAUCCCUUUUAGGCUUGGAACGGAAGCGAAUUCUUGGAAGAAGGAACUGAUAACUGAGAGAUGUGUUUAGAAAUUCUUAUAACUACGCCCCCAACUUUUGAAUCUUUUAAGUGUUGCUUGGACAUGCGUCUCCGGUCAUUUGGCUUUUGAUUUUUCGAACCUUUUGUGAAUUUUCAAUUUUAAAAAACGUUUUGGAUAUUUUACUUAAAAAUAUCUCCAGUCCUUGUACUAUGACUGUUCAGUAGAUCCGAGAAUUUUACUACAUUGUUUCAAACGAUUAGCGAAAUAAGCUUUCAUGAAAAGAAAACUACAGUAACCUGUAUAUUUUUUGUUGAGCGUUUCCGAAAAAAACGGAAAUUUAUCUAAUUUUUUUUCCGUAUAAUGAACCCAAAAAAAAACUCGAGGCGCCUAGAGACCGCCAAGAAUGGCUCUUUUUUAUUAUUCAUCCUAAAGCUGCACUCGGCCGUUCUAUCUAUACAGUAAGAUGUCAUAGCGCGCAAGUAUUUUCCUGUCGGAAUCGCCAAAGCAGUACUCGUCCUCAAGAACCGCUUCGCGACCGCGACACAUCGAAACACUGUGAUUCCCCCGAUCCACGGGAUUUUAUAUGAUUCUUGGUUAACCUUCCUAGUAAAUGUCGUUCUGAGUAGGCGUUGGCAUUUUAAAGAACAUCGAUGUUUGGGGCUUACGGUGGGGACAAAAUAGAAUCAAAUGUGAUAAUCGAAUCUUGUUUGAUGGAGGAGGGAAGACGAAGAAACGUGGCGAGCGGGGGAGAGUUGAUGAAAAUCGCAGGAAGCGAGUCCGUUAUGAAUUAUUCGGGCGAUGUACGGAGCCUUGACGCCGUUUAAGCACUUCGUUCUGUUGUGACGACGUUCUUUGUCUCACCCACGUCUUCUCCUUUCCGACGUAUUAUAUCCGGCGGAGAAAAUUGUUUGGAAAAUCCACUCAAUGUUUCUAUUUUCGUUCCUUUGUUGCCUACACUUCUAGGGAUACUUAUAAAACAAAUUGAGAUGCAGAAAGUCAGACACUUUUCGGUUUUUCCAACUUUAAAAGCUUACUUUCAGACUUUCCUAGGUUUUUAAAAGGGAAGAAGUAAUUCACGAUUUGAAAUAACACGGAAAAUAUUUACAGCUUCGAAACCUAGAAGAACAGCUCCCUAGCAAGAACUUUAGUUUUUUUUUUCGAAUUUUCUUUCACAAGGAUGCAGCCGCUCGAAAAUAUUUGAAAGUUCGGGCAUUUUUUUCGACCUCUGAGAGGUCAGAUUUCUUUAAAUUUCCUUCAUACUCGACUUUCUUCUAAAUGCGUUUUCCUUCUGAAGAGGUUUUGUAGAAGCUAUAAUACCUCCAUCGCCUGCUCCGUCUCUUUUGUAAUUAAUUUCGCAAUUUCACACAUCUAUUCAGUCUUCAGAGAAGAUUCUCUGCUGAAUCAUGGAAUGAAUGAAGAUUUGAUCGUCGGUUUGUAAAAAAAAAAUGAAAAAAUUGAAAAAAAUGAAUAUUCAAAAAAAUCGUAUUGAAACUAUCACUGGGGUACUGUGCAAAGAUAUGUGCUUUUCCUGAUUCUACAGUAGGCUUCUUUUGUUUUCAACGAAAAGCCAGUAAUUGAAAGUAUGUCAUUAGCUUGAAAGCCGUGAUCAAGUAGUCCAGCAAAAAGUCGAAAUAAUAGCUUCAGCAAGGCGAAUCAAAAGAAAAAUUAGUGCUCUACUGAUAAUUGUUUUUCCUCCUUUUUUCCUCUUUCUGUUUCCUGAUCCGUUGAGUGAAGUUAGAAUAUUAUUCGUUUCACUCUGUAUAUGAUACAAGUAAAUUUAUCACUGUUGGAAUAUUAGAUAAAAAGUGAUGCAUAUAUUGAAAAUUAAAAUUUUUUUUUUAUAAAAGCCAUAUUUUCGGUUUUCUUUUCGAAUUUUCAUUUUUAUUUUUGUGGAGGCGUAGAAUGUAGUUCUCCAUAAGCAAUUUUGUAGCCGUUUCGUGAAAAUAACGAUAGGAGUACAUUCGGAUAUAAUGGCACGCAAAACAACAAAUAUUUGUGGUGGUAUUGACGCCCUUUUCUUCCCAUUGCCUUUCCAGUAUUGUUUCUUUUUUCUCAUGUCCGAAAAGUAAGAAAUAAACCUCUGAAAAUGACCGAAUUUGAUUCUCGAGCCUUUUACUUUACUGAAUAUCUUCCAAAACUUUACUUGAGACUACUGUUUCAGGGGUUUGCAGCGGCUGAUGGCGCCGCUCUUGUCAAAAGUACUCGUUUUCAGUGUCAUUGUCUACACUGCCGCGGUCCGUUUUUCAAUUUUAAAACUUUCCAAAGUCUUUUUCAGUAUAUUUGAAUGAGUUCGGGCCUUUUCUUUACCGUAACCAAUCAAGCCUUUCGAAAAAAUCCAUAAAAUUUAGGAAAAUUUAAUUCAGGCACGGGACGUUUUGGCUGCAGGUUAAAAUUUUGAGGAAAUUCGGCCACCGUACUUUUCAGCAUUUGCUACAUCCAGUAAAAGGAAAAAAUAUUUUCGAAUGUCGCCUUACAGUCGAAGUAUGACUUUUCCUGUUUUCCAUUUUUUGUUCAGACUCCUAAUUUUGAAGUUCCAAGCAAAAACCAAGUUUUUUCUUUCGUUGGAAUCAGGAAGCUCUAGCAGUAGAUUUCAGCCAAGUUUCAUCAGAAGUUCAACCGGGGCUAAAACAAUAAUAUAGUCACGAAAAAACUGACAGAAACUCAGUGAAAGCCGGAGAAAUGCGAUUCCAGACAAGGAUCUACGAGAAGCCAGUGCUGCAGGGGGCGUACGGCCAAGUGAUCCGUGUGCUGGAUCAUCUUUCCCGAUGCAUGUCCAACAACGAUUUCGAGCAAUUCCAAGCAGUUUCUUCUCCCGAAAUUGUUCUCAGUAAUUUGGGCAAACCUUUUUAUGGAUAUGGUAAAGUUUCAGGGAAACAUUCCGAACAAUUUUGAGAUUCAGAAGGCAUCAAAGAGUUUUUGGCACUGUUCUGGGACAAGGGAAUCCGAAAAGUUCACGUGAGUCGUUUUUUUUUCUUUUACGAUUUUUGGUUGAGAAAAGGAAGAAUCGAAAAAAAAAUUCAGAAGUUUGUGAGAAAAAAACCAAUUAAAGUCUAAAAAAGUCAUUUUGAAAAUAAUCAGAAAAAAUUUUGAAAAAAACGAAAUGAAUUACGUCGUUUUAUCUCGCAUCUUAUACGUGCCUAAUUUAAACAAUCUGGCUUGUCUGAACACUCUUCUCUCUCAUCAGUGCAUCAAGUAGAGGAAAACUCAACAUAAAUAAGUAUAAAUCCGUUGAGAUUUAUUUCUCCUGUGUGGAUAAUAUUCAGAAAAAAAUGAAAAGAAAAAUAAAUAUACUGUUUUAGAAUAUGUGUAGAAAUGGAUUUUUUAAAGGAUGAAGUUUCAAGAGAAUCGAGACGAAUUCAAUGUUUUCUAUUUAUCUUUCUUCAGAGAAUUUGAGUAUGGUUAAAAAUAAAACAUUCAUUUUCAGCUCGCCUAUCAGGGUUUCUGGACGGAUUUCCGGCGGACGAAUUUCGUCGUCUCCGAUAACAUAAUCAUCGUUGGGGAUGAAGUUUUCACUCAUAAUGCGACUUUGCGAGCGGUUCGUUUUUUUUCUCAUUUUACUGGAAUUUUUCCUAAAUUUCUGAAAUGUUUAAUUAGUUCAGACCAACUUCCUGAGUCCAUGUAGGAAGACCUCAAAAUGGGUUCGGAAGGAGUUUUGAAGGAAAAAUUUAGAGAAAUACAAAAACAAGCCUUCUUUCCCCUUCUAUCCUUAUUUUUAAACCCUGGGAGGUUAACUAAGCCUUUGAUACAAAAUCACGAGAUAUCCGUUGUUCUCUUUUUUUCAUUUUUCAAAUUUGGAGUGGUCUUCAUCAGGGUUGGAAGAAGUAGAUUUAAAAAGAUUUUCUCGGUUUUUGUUGGAAUUUAGUUUUUGCAAGGUCGCAAUAGCUUUGAUGAAAGAAGAGUUUUGCAGAAUGAGUCGGGUUCAUUCUGCCUCGAGUCGUUCCACGUGAUCUCCCGUGUCUAUUUGAGCAUCCGACCGUUUCACAAGAGAUUCAAACAAUCUGACGCCAACACUUCUUUCAACUGA